CUGAUGUGGUCAACAGUUCCGUUUCACAGAGGAGGAAACAAAUCCAAAUGUAGCUGGAUAUGCAUGAUCUAAAGGGCAGAACCUUUGAGCAUGGGGCUGCCUCCUGGCCAGCUCAGCAGGAGAGUCUAUCAUGGCUGUAUGGGUGGAGAGAGGGAUGGCUUCUGGGCAGAAAAUUGGCUCCCACUUUCCUCACCUGGAUGGUUGUCCCUUAUUCCAAAGCCCCCAAAGCAACUGGCAUCUCAUCGUUCCCAGCUCCACGGUGGCUGUCCUGCUGCUGCUGGUGCUCACCUUCCUCAUGAUCCUGUACUUGAGGAAAGCCCGAAGAAGCUCCGGGAAAGAUGAGGACAAAUCCCACCACAUCUACAACAACAUCUCAGUCCAGAAGGAACAGACCACCGUGCAUGGGAAGGAUCCCUCAUCAAGGCAGAGGCGAUCUCAGCUUUCCUGGGUAUCUUGUUUGGUUCCAGUCAACAUAUGGGCUCUGAAGAGGACACUGAGGCCAUCUGCUAUGCCUCACUUACCCACCCGAACCACUUUGUGCCUGAGGACUCCAUCUAUGUCAACAUCCAACUCAACCUGAAGCCCAUACCUGACCCCCUUCUGACUGUGGAAUAUGCCGACAUCGCUGGAGCCAGACCCCAGCCCUCCAAGUCAACUGCCCCAGACAGGGAGUUCAAAAGCUAAAGACAGUCUUUCACUGGGCAGUGAACACUUAGAAAAUACCUGUGAGGCACAAGGCUGCUCCACCAGUGAUGGGAGGACUUCAGUGUGGCAAAGAUGGUUCAAAACCAGCAAAAGGUUACCCCCUUCCUACAAAGGAGAUGAGGAAAAAGGAGGAAAGGACAGUCCUUAUAUUCCAGAGGGGAGAAGCUUUGAGUCUGAAGUCUGUGAUGGGCAGACUCUGGGGCCUAUAGAAGGGGUCUCUAGAUACCUGCCCACUCCUCUCCCCAGGGUCCGGGAGGAGGGCCACUGGAGCAGAGACAAAUUAGAUAUGAUUUGGACUCCAGUGCCUCCGAGUGACACAAUCUUCUCCCCACUCUGUGAUCCUCACUUCCUUCCUAAACAGGGGCUGUGAAAUCCUGACCCACUGUGCAAGUUCCUCUUUGGUGACACUCCUCAUGAAAGCCCCUCCCCAACUAUCUCUCAGGGCUUCUAAGCCAGACUAGAAAGUUCUGUUUCUCCACCCCAGCUCCUCCUCUCCUUCCUGACCCCCUGAUUUUGAUUCUCACAAAUGACCCUAACAAGAUGUGGGCAGUGCUUGUCACUCAAGGGUCUCCCCUAGCCCUUGGCCUUGCCAGUCAUGGUGGGGCAUAGGAACUUCCUUCCCCAUAGUGGCCCCAGCAACUCCACCAGAACUGACCUGGGCUCCUCUGCCUUCCAUGGAAACUAUCAUCUAUUCUGCAAGCUGCACCUCAAACAGAGCAGACUGAAGGCCACUUCCUGUUUUGCCCUAGUACACUUCCCCAGGGCCCUUAUAGGAGACAGGGCCCUUUUUUUUUUAAUUAUGUGCCCCCAAGGAGUGACUCUGAACUGUGGGAACUCCAGGCCACGGGGAUGGAGGGUAGGGUGUCUUGGGAAAGAUGGCUUGAAUUGCUAUUCAUCACUUCUCAAGGGUGACAUUUAAAGAUCACCCAAUCCAGCUGCUAGUGGGAUGCCAGAUCCCUUCUGCAAAUCCCACUGAGCCAUGCAGUGUCUGCCUCAAUAUCUCCAAGGGCAGGAAAUGUACCUCCUCUUGAUCAAGAAGCUUGUUUGUGAAUGUUUUUGUCAUCAGCUUGCUAUCAAUCACAGUGAGACACCAGCUUUGCCUACAAGAUGGGACUUGAGGGUCAGGCUGCUUCAUGGCCGGAAAGGGAGAGGGGUUGGAGAAAAGAAGGGCAGGUGGUCUGAGGUCUGGCAGGCUGGGCUGUGAGGAUGAGGUAUUUCUCAAGGAGGAAGGUGAGGUAAGCGCUUGUCACUUGUGACAUUCCAGGUUCCCAGUGUUGAGGAUGUGAUUCUAUCCCCAGUCUGUGGCUGCAUGAGGACACCCAGGAACAACCUUGAGUUGAAGGAGGUGGAGAGCAGGAUGCUCUGAGUAUCACCUUACCUCCUGAGGUCUCUGUCCUGCCCUUCCAGCUCUCCAGACCUGACUGCUAGAGGCUGGGCAACCAUUGUACCCUGACCUCCUACCCUACCCAGCCUUGCUUCAAGAGGGCCAUUGGCACUGACCUAUGGCCUCAUUUGACCUCUGGUCCUCCAUCAUUCUAGGAUCCUGACAGCGCCUCUUGGUCUAUAUUUUAGUCUACAUACCCACUGAGGGAGACAAUCUUCAAUCAUCUUCCCAACUCAGGUUUCCUGGCUACAACACCAUGAGCCAUCCCAGGGGUCAGGUUACUCAUGAGCUGUCCAAACCCAAAGGAUCUACUCAGACUAGAGCACCUGGAGCUAUAGUAAUUCACAGUAUGUACAGGGGUCUGCGGACUGCCAACCAUUGCUCAGGGUUGGGGAUACGGUGAUUAAGGCUAGUAAGCCAACAAUUAUGGAGUGCCUCUUAUGGGCCUCAUUCCUCUACAUACACUAAUGAUGCAAACAUCCCUAUAAGGUAAGUACUCCCCAUCACUUUAAAGAUGGGGAAAUUGAGGCACAGACAGGUUAAAUAAUUUCUCAAAGUCUUGACUCUUGAAAGAGGCUAAGUAAUUGUUCCCCAAAUUAUUUCCUCCUGAUAGCAUAGCUAGGUGAUUACAGUCUAGCGUUUCUUGAUGAGUGACUGGGCUCUGGAAGUUGUAGUUUGCCUCCUCCAGGCCUGGCCCAUAAAACCCCCUAUGCAAUCAUCAGUGAUCUCUCCCUUCUCUCAUUUGCCACCCAGAUGGCAUGGUGUGAUAAAAAUUCUUAGUGUAAAUUCUAAAUCCUAGAAUCCCAGUGCAGCUUCCAAAGGAUUAAAAGUAUGGCUUGCCGGCUCGCUGCUGCGGUGCGGGGCCCUUUCCCCGGGCUUCGACUGCUGGCCUUGGGGCGGCUUCCGGCGGCCCCAGCGCUUGGUUGGGCCUGCCUGGGCCUGGACCACACGCGCGGCCUACACUGCGGGCAGGGCCUGGAGGAGCGGGCGGAGGGCGCCGCGGGUCAGGGGCACCCGGAGUCCGGCACAGCAGAUCAUCCUGGCCCCAAGUUUGACAUCGAUAUGCUGGUUUCACUGCUGAGGCAAGAAAAUGCAAGAGACAUUUGUGUGAUCAAGGUUCCUCCAGAAUUGAAAUAUACAGAUUACUUUGUGAUUGGUAGCGGAACUUCCACCCGACACUUGCAUGCCAUGGCCUACUACAUUGUGAAAAUGUACAAAUACCUGCAAAGUAAAAGUGAGCCUCAUGUUAAGAUUGAAGGGAAAGACACUGAUGACUGGCUCUGCAUGGACUUCGGCAGCAUGGUGAUUCAUUUGAUGCUUCCAGAAACCAGAGAAACCUAUGAAUGAGAGAAAUUAUGGACCCUACGUUCAUAUGAUGACCAGUUAGCACAGAUAGCACCCGAGACAUUACCUGAAGACUUCAUUCUUGGAAUAGAAGAGGACACUUCUUCAUCCCUGACUCCACUGGAGUUCAAAUGAGAAUAAAAUGUUAUGAACUACUUUAGUCAUUA